AAUAAAAGUUCUAAUAUCAGUUCAUUUUGUCCUUUAACAGGUAAAUUACAGCAAGUUGCAGAAAAAGAAAUCAAAGGAGCUCCAUAUACUAUAGUGGAAUUUAAUGGAAAACUUCUUGCAGCAAUUAAUAGUACUGUGCGUUUGUUCGAGUGGACACCAGAACGAGAGCUGCAUAAUGAAUGUAGUUACUUUAAUAAUAUUAUUGCUUUGUUUCUGAAAACAAAAGGAGACUUUAUCUUAGUUGGUGAUAUCAUGCGCUCUAUGGCACUCUUAGUUUACAAGCCCCUGGAAGGAAGUUUUGAAGAGAUUGCUAGAGAUCAUCAACCAAACUGGAUGACAGCUGUAGAAAUACUGGAUGAUGAUACUGUACUUGGUGCUGAAAAUUCCUUUAAUCUCUUUGUUUGUCAAAAGGAUAGUGCUGCAGCAACUGAUGAAGAAAGACAACAUCUUCAAGAAGUUGGUCAUUUUCAUCUGGGAGAGAUGGUGAAUGUUUUUCGCCAUGGAUCUCUGGUUAUGCAACACCCUGGUGAAAUUACGACACCAACACAAGGUUCUGUAUUAUUUGGUACAGUAAAUGGUGCAGUAGGUCUAGUUACACAACUGCCUGAAGAAUAUUUCUUGUUUUUGAAUGAAGUGCAAAGUAGGCUUACAAAAGUAAUCAAAUCUGUUGGGAAAAUCACACAUGCAUUCUACAGAUCGUUUUCUACUGAAAGGAAGCAAGAGGUAUCUUCAGGCUUCAUUGAUGGUGACCUCAUUGAGAGUUUCUUAGAUUUAAGCAGAGACAAAAUGAAGAAAGUCGUUCAAGGAGUCCAGUUUGAUGAUGGCUCUGGGAUGAAGAGGGAUACAACAGUGGAUGAUCUUGUGAAGAUUGUAGAAGAACUUACUAGAAUUCAUUAAACUGAAAUCUUUCAUUUUUGUUUUGAAGAUUCUGCUAUUUUAAUCCUAUUUACUUUUGUAAAAAAUAAUUAUGACACAUCUUGUAAAUAAAAACCAUUACAGACUGCAAAAAAUAUUUUGCUGCUGUGUGAGUGCCUGUAGUAUUCUUAUCUGCUGAAUAAAGAAUAUGUGUCUGUCUGAGAUCAGCACAUUUCCACAAAG